AUGGAAUCACUAUAUUGUGGGUUGAAACAUCGCGAUUAUAAGACACGCAAUAUACUAUCAAUGGCACAACGCAUUAAGGUGAUAAAAACUUACAAACAUAUACCGAACUAUCAGCGUUUGGCAAGUCAUUUCGGUUGCAGCGCAAAGCAGAUAAAGAACAUUAUUGCAAAUAAGGAUGAACUUUUGCAGUAUUAUGACAGCGUGUGUGCCAAUAAAUUAACAGAUGAAGUUGCUAAUCGACGUCAAGAGAAAAUCGACUUCCUUGGAAAGGCAGUCUACGAAUUUCUACUGCGCGCUCUCUAUCUUCGCAAGCCGAUCGGCACAUCGAUCAUACGACAGAAAGCAUUUGAAGUGAAAGAGGCGAUAGCCAUCGAAAACUUCUCGCCAAACAAUGCCUGGUUGCAAGAUUUCAAAGCGACUUAUAAUCGAUUGGAUUUAACGGCAAUGAUGGGAAGCUUACCAAGAGAUAUGGACAAGCGACGUUCGUUGAAGUGCAUCGAUAUUAUUGAAUAUGUAAGCAAGCAGGAGCGAGAAGAGAGACUAAAAAAUGUGGCCGAAGAUGAGAAUUGUAAUAGUGUGUGGAAUACUGAGUAUUACAGUGGUAGUAGUAUGUCUGGAAGCGAGAAAGCAUCACAGAAUUGCAUGUAUACGAGUACAACGGAAUCUGCAAAUAACAUCGAAGCUUACGAAGUGUGCAAUGAAGCAUAUGAUGAAGAGGUUGAUAUGGGGUUAGAGGAGAUAAGGGAAUUUGAUAAAGUGGAAAACAUAAACAAAACAAGAACAAAUGCUGUACCAAUUGUAGUUAACCUCGAUUCGGACGAGGAAGAGAGUGCUGAAUGCGCUCUUUUUGCAUCUGAAGUAGUAAAAACUUGCUCUAACGUUAGCAGCACCGCUUUAAAGUCAACAUCACUACCCCCACUUCCGGACAUACACAGCUAUCCGGAGGCGCUACGUCAUCUGAGGGCGUUGGAAGAUUUUGCAAUGAUAGAGGAGAACUAUCGGGCGAUCGGUUUGAUUACUCAACUGGAGCAAAUAUUUCAGAGUCCACCCAAAUUGAAGCGUAUAGCUCAUUGA